AGCUGCAUCGUUCUACGUAAGACUCUCCAUCCUCCCUCACUACCUAUUACUUUCGCUCCAGCCCACUUCUUCUCACUGUCGCCUUCUAUCCAUUCCGGCAUUUCUCUGUCCCCUGUUCUUCAAGCCAUCUCCCUCUUCUUCUCUCCCUCUAUGAAAAAGGAUUUCGCUGACAACUCAGGAGGUCCGUCCUUCUAUCAACCUUUGUCAUUCCUCCUCUUUAACCCUCAGAAUGGCCAGUGGAGAUGGAGAGUCACUGGAGCCACUUCUGGGUCCCCUGGAACUAGAAUGCAAGAUCUGCUAUAAUGGUUUUGACAUGAAGCAGCACCGGCCUAAAGUCUUGGGCUGUGAUCAUCGCAUGUGUGCCCGCUGCCUCAGGAAGAUGGUAUCCAACUGGGGUCAAAGCCCACCAGCAACACUGUGCUGCCCAUUUUGCCGACAAGAGACACCACUUCCUGAAGACUUGCAACUUUUGCCAGAUGAUAGUGGCCUGUUGUCCAAACUGAGCUGCCAUGAAUGGAUUCAUAGGCGUGGUUGUACAGUGGCGCCAGAGGUGCUUUUGAGUCCCGGGGGUCUCUGUCCCAACUCGUCCGAGUGCCUAGUCAUCACCAUUAUGGAGGUGUCAGAUGAGCCUUCAGGGCCUGGUGAACAAAUGCCAGUACUAGACAUCCUGAGAGUAAAGAUCUCAUCUAGUCUAGCAUGGCUACCUGGUCCCUGUGUUCCUCACCGCUGCGGCCCAUGCAGGCCUGUGCCACGUAUCCUGCUGGGUUUUUUGUGCCUCGUGUACAUUAGUUCUUUGCCCCUUGGUGUCUACCUUAUGAUGACUGGGCAUCUACUGGGUAUCAUUCUGGUUAGUCUAGUGCCAUGUACCCUUAUACUCAGUCUCUUGUGCUAUUGUUUUUGUCAUGAGCUCUCUGCUUGCCUUGCUGACUAACACAAACAUUAACUCUGUAACCAACACUGAUUGUGUAAGAACUGUGUCACCAGCAUCCCUUCACCACCACUAACCGUGGGGAAUCCACAACUCUUAGACACUCCGGGUGUGCCAAGUCUGUGCCCUGCUUAAUUCUAUAUUUUAAACUGCACCACCAGCCGUAACUACAACAAUCUGUGUCUGGAUGUGACCCAUCACCCUUCCUUCAAUAUGUAUUCCAGACGAUAUCAGACUUUACAGAUGAAAUUGCAAAGUUUUGUUUUGGCCAACCCCAUAGCUCCUGAUCUCUUCUUUGAGGCCCCGUACACACGUCCGAGGAACUCGACGGGCAAAACUCAUCGUUUUGC